UUUGUUCAUCAAAAAUCGUGAAUAACUCACCACAGGUUAAUGAGAAGUGUGUGCUUGAAAGGAUGCACAUAACUCUGCAAUGUUGGGUUGUAUUGGAGAGAAUCAGCCUUAAAUAAUUUUCCACGCACAGUUUGUGCCUGUAUGUCUCCCUGUCAUGGCUUUUUCUCCAUCAGUACAGAUACCAACAUGAGCAGUAGCUACAUUUGGUUAUAUAUGGACCAAUAGUGGAAUUCCCACGAGAGAGUAGCGGAUACUGUGAUUGGAUGUUAAUUAUUUGACGAGGCUACCUGUAUUCAACAUUGUGUUGUUAUUUCACUGAACACCAGAUGGUUCAAUUUGAUUUUGGGAAGUGAAACGAGGCUACUCAGGCGAGAGAGAAAAAACUCACCCAAAUGUAUAACCGCGUUGGAAAAUAUAAGGACUGUUUGAAAAUGUGAAAAAAAAGGAACGUUUUUAAAAUAUGAAUCACAUUUUUGUUUGGAGUAACCCCGACGGUAUUACGUGUACCCCCUUCCCAGUUUGGGAAUACCUGAUCUACAGUAUGUAUCUGCAUGGAUUCAUUUGAGUAUCAAUCGUGUAUUGUUCCUUUGGAGUUCCAUGUCAUAGUUCUCAUGUUUUUCAGAGCCAAAACACAAUAUACCCUGGUGGAUUUGGUUAAUAAUUUGCCUUUGGCAUUGGUGUUGGGAUUUGGAUUAAUCGAUGUCAGAUUGGGGGAUUUCUUCUUCAUCUGAAGAUGAUGCAUCGUGCUCUGGGUUGUAUUCUUCCUCGUCUUCUCCUUCAGAUACCUCCUCCUCUUCUAAAUAAUUUGUAACGCUUGAAGAGUGAUGGGUGUGGAGUCAGACGCAGAGAGCAGAAGAUUCGAGGGAAAAACGCUUUAAUGUCCAAAAACCAGGAACACAUACAAAUGGGUGAAGCCAAAACACAGGCGCAAACACAAUCCAAGGACCACUGGUAAUAACCUGACAGCGAAAACACAACGAUAAAAAAUACACCUCUUACGAACAUAGAAACAAGCCCGCACAAACACAAGCGGGCUAAUCGAACUUAAAUAAUACCAACCCAGAAACCCCAACAAGGAACAGGUGAAAACAAUUAGACAAAACCAAACGAAAAGGAAAAGGGAUCGGUGACAGCUAGUAGACCGACGACGACGACCUCCGAGCGCCACCCGAACAGGAAGGGGAGCCACCUUCGGUGAUAUUCAUGACAUCAUUGUUCUCUUGUUCCUCCUGGACAUCUGAAAAAAUCUGAUCUACGACCUGUUGGGCACUGAAACGUGCACUCAUGGCACGAAGAGAGAGAACAGGGGGGACUGUCAUCUGCAGCACCUUUAUAGCCUCUGACUGCAUUCCCCAUUAGUAAACAAUGCUUUCAAGACAUUUGAGUUCAAUCAGUAGCACACAUAGUUUCAUUGUGUGUGUGUGUGUGUGUGUGUGUGUGUGUGUGUGUGUGUGUGUGUGUGUGUGUGUGUGUGUGCGUGUGUGCGUGCGUGCGUGCGUGCGUGCGUGCGUGCGUGCGUGCGUGCGUGCGGUUUUUGUGGUUUGUAAAUGAUUUUAUAACUGCCGGGUCUAAAAUGACCCUGAGACAAUCUUUGUACCCUGGUGGUGUACAGCUUACAUGGGAAUAUGAACAAAGGUGAUGUUUCACUUUUUAUAAUGUUGGGGUCACUCUAGGAAAAGUAAUCAAAUUUAAAGUUGAAAAAAUAUAAUUUAGGGUGUUUUCUCUGCUGUUAAACAUAGUGGCGGGACAUGUUUUACCCUUAAGACAACACAAGGGUUAAGUCAUUUACCACCUGGUCACCAGCCAAGACGAAACUUCACCCAUGCAAACCUUGUUAGGUCCUGUGUAGAUUGUAUUUUCAACCAGCAAAUAUCAGGAAAUAACACUGAUCAAAUGUAUUUCUUCAGCUGUACAAUAUGAUACAAACUGAAUUUUGACUGAACUGGUCCUUUAAUCAACAUAAAUAUCUUUGAAAAACAGAGCCUUAAAAUUCCAAGCUUCACUACUGUAUAACGUAUUACUAAAGAUGCUGCAUGCAUUGUAAAGAGUGCAAGAUCUGACCAUUGACCCCACAGUAGUAACCAUAUCAUUAAUUUAUCAUCGUUUUUACAUCAGCCAUCUCACACCCACAUGAAAUGCCGCACCAUCAGGCUAAUGCGUGUGCUAUUUCAGGUAGACAGGUUGUAGCUUGGUUCUAUGUUGUUAAAGCCUCUCCAGCCUCUCUAGCGUUCAACAUCCUGUCAAAGCAAAUGGUUUUCUCUGAGUACUGUACAAAAUAGAACCUGGUUGUUUUCCCCACACUAAAACAGUUUGUCUUUUUUAAACAUGAAAAAUAUAUAUUUGAACAUUUCAGUAACCUGCAACUCUGAUGUGAGUGGGACAAAAAUAAUAAAUGUUUGUGCCUUUAAGGAUAAGAUCAUAAAUAUGAUUAAAGAGAUUACUCUGGUAUAACCUGUGUGUUGCUACAUUUCAAACUGUCAGUCGCAGCCUAACACAUUAUUUUGAAAUGAGAUAAUCAACCAAGAUCAAUAACUUGCCAGUUCAACUCUGUAUACUGUACUAACCAAUCAUAUCUCACGGAUGCUCCCAUGACAGACCAAUCAGGGCCAGAUGAGGUUUUAAGAGGAGGGACUGAGAAGAGAGAAGAGGUAACCACCCUUUCCCUUACCUAAACGGACACCCAGCCAACCCUGUCAUUCAACAGCCAGGUCACAAUGCCUGUAGGGUCGACACUCUCCACAGUGGGUGGGUUGAGUCACUCGUGAACUGGUUGAAUGGCGUUGUCUCAAACAGUUUCUAAACCAUCUACUAUUCACCUGCCCAUCUUCUCUUCCCAUCACUCCUCCCUUCCUCCUCCAGACCUCCAAGAUGGUCAGAGUUCACAACACCCAGUACUCCCUCUUCCUGCGCCAGGCAGAUGUCCUGCGUCGCUCGGGGACGCUGUGUGAUGCUGUCAUCUCAGUGGAGAGCCAGGUGUUCAGGGCCCAUCGGCUGGUGCUGGCCUGCGCUAGCAAAACCCUGGAGCAUCAGCUCACCCUGCAGGCUGCAUACUCAGACCAGCCUGAUCGCCUCGACCAACCUCACCACUGUAGUCUGGAGCUCCUCUCUCCACACACCUUCCAGCAGGUCCUGGACUUUGCCUACACCGAGACCCUGGAGGUCCCUGUGGAUGAUCUGCCCCAGCUUCUGAGGGCCGCCAAGCUCCUGGAGAUGCAUUCCCUGGAGGAGCAGUGUCGCAGCCAGCUGAAGAGAAAUCGGGGGUGCCUGACGAGAGAGAGAAGAGAGUUGAGAGAAAUAAGAGUGAGAGGAACAAAAGAAACUAGAGAAAUGAGAGAAACGAGAGAACUUCAGAUAACAGAGGAGAGAGAUGAGAAAGAAUUCCUGAAAGGAAGUCACAUUCCAGAAGAGGGGGAUCCCCAGACAAUUCCCUCCAUUGAUCUGGAGCCCCAGAGCAGCCCAUUCACUGAGGACCCCACUCUUCCUGACACUAGGGAUAACACCUCUGGUUCAUCACCCCCACAGAGAAAAAGGCCAAAGCCACUCACACCCACACUAGUGACCACCACACCGCCUCCAUCCAGAGACAGUGUCAUCGCCACCACUGCUGCCACCAUCCAACCCCCUCCCCCUCCUCCCCCAGCGUCGAGGGUCAUGUGGCACCAAGUCAACACCCUGAGGAGGAUGGCCUUGAACUAUAACGACAUCCUAGCAGCCAGUUCCUCUUCCCUUCAACCCUCACAGCACCUGGUGACAUACCCUUUCCACCUCUCCACUCCUCACAUGUACCCCCUGCUAAUGUCCUCCAUCCCGCCCCAGGUCCACAGCGCCGUCCUGGGCUACCCUGGUAUCCUGCAUCCAUACCACCACCCCCUGCUCUCUGGGUCUCAGGAGCUGGGGGACAUCCUGACGCAAGGUUUGCUGGGAAAAAGAGACCCGAUGGAUAAAGUGUUGAUAGGUGGAGCACCAGGGGAAGGGCAAAGAUACUCCCAGGAGCGUCCAGGAAGAACCCAGGACUGUCAGCACUGCAGCAAGGUCCCCCUGGGCAGCUCAUGGCUGCAGGCCUCAACCACCAACCCCUCAGGCUCAGGUGAGACUUCUCUGGGGUGUAAGUACUGUGAUCGUGGCUUCAGGGUGGAGCCGUCACUGCUGUCCCACCGGCGAGAUCAGGGAGGAGAGAAGCCCUACCAGUGUCAUCGCUGCUCCAAGAGGUUCAGCCUCAAACACCAACUGGAUACACACCACCGGGUACACACAGGAGAGAAGCCUUUUGAGUGCCGUCUGUGUGGCCAGCGGUCAAGGGACUACUCAGCCAUGAUCAAGCACCUGCGGACCCACGGCGGGGCCACACCCUACCAGUGUACUGUCUGCCUGGAGUUCUGUAGCAGCCUUUCUGCCAUGCAGAAACACCUGAAGAACCACCCGCUGCAGGACUUCCCCCCAGACUGGACCAUCAGCAGCACCUACCUGUACACAUGCCAUACCUGAGCUAGCUUGAAGGCAAAUGUAAUGUCAACAGAGAAUCAUUUUACUACCAAACAACUACAUCUCAACGAAACUAACUCAUGGAAUGUAAUGUACAUACAUGGUAACAAGACACCAGUUACCGUAGCAUUUAUCCAUGUACUCCAAAAGUGCAUGGAGUACGUCAAUGCAUAUUUCCACCACUAGAGAGACACUGGGUCUCAGAAAAGAAUGUAAAACAUGUCUUCCAUCAACAGCAUUAUCAUUAUCAAGCACAGUAUUAUUACCAUUCUAUCGUGGCUGCAGCUGAAGAGUCAGUCACUUACAAGAGACAAGGAAAGGAAACAUCAAGACUAUUUAGAGGCAGCAAAAAAUGUGUCCUUGUUUCAUAUGAAUGUGUCCAUCUAUGUUUGGCCGUUAUCUCUCUCAAGAAGACUUGGGGCAAUCGUUUUGUGCACAAAUUCUUGAUUUUCAUUUAGCCAUGUGUGUUUAGUACAUUUAGAUGUUGUUUGAUUCAUAUUUACAGUGCCUUUAGAGUCUGCACCUCCUGGAUUUUUUUCCCACUUUCUUUUGCGUUUCAAAGUGGGAUAGAAAUAUAUAUUUUUUUUUUAAUCAUUCACCUACACAAAAUAGUCCCUAAUGUCAAAGUGAAAAGAAAAUUCUAUACAUUUUUACAAAUUACAAUUAAAUGACUAAAAUAUAGUAGCUGCAGAAGUACUCACACCCUUUGUUUAGCAAAGCCUAAAUGAAGUAAAAAUGUGUCUUAACAAAUCACAUAAGUUAUAUGGACUCCCUCUGUGUGAAAUAACAGGGAUUGACAUGAUUUUUUAAUGACUACCCCUUCCUCUGUUCUCCAUACAUAGAACAUAUGUAAGGUCCCUCAGCCAAGUAUUGAAUUUCAAACUCAUUCAACUACAAAGACCAGGGAGCUUUUUGAAAGCCUCAUAAAGAAGACCAGUGAUUGGCAGAUGGUUAGCAAUAACAAAUCAGACAUUGAAUAUAUCUUUAAGCUUAAGGUCAAAUGAAUAAUUAUGCUGUGGAUGAUGUAUUAAACCACCCAGACACAUCAAAGAUGCAGUCAUCCUUCUGAUCUGAGCUGCAGGACAUUAAGGAAACUGCUUAGGGAUGUUAUUAUGAGGCCAUUGGGGAUUUUAAAACAACUACAGAGUUCAAUGGCUGUGAUGGAAGAAAACUGAGGAUGGAUCAACAACAUUGUAAUGACUCCACAACAACGAUCUAAAAGACAGAGUGAAAAGAAGAAUAUAAAUAUACAGAAUACAAAUAAUCCAAAGCAUGUAUAAAGGCACUAAAGUAAUACUGCAACAACAAAAACAUGGCAAAGGAAUACACUUUUUGGCCUAAAUGCAAAGCCUUAUAAUUAUCUAAUCAAGGUAUAUUAGUGUUUAAUUUUUUAUUAAUAAAAAAAAUACAAAAAUCUUCCACUUUGAUAUUAUAAUAUUUUGUGGAAGCCAUUGACCUACAAAAUACAAUUAAAUACAUUUUAAUCCCACUUUGUAACACCAUAAAAUGUGAAGAAAUCCAAGGGGGUGUAGACUUUUUUAUAGGUGUUGUAUAUGUGCUUUAGCCUGUUGCUAUUUUAAUGAUAGUAUUGUCAUAAUCAAUGUACUAGUUUAGCAGAUGGCCUGUUUUGGUACUGAAUGUAGAUCCUCACACAGUCACACCCAACCACAAAGAAACAAUAGCCUGUCAAGUCAAAUCUUUAUGAUAUGAGGCCAUUGGUUUGCUCUGAAUUUGAGUGUGAAUGCAUUUUGGCAUAAAUUACACAGCAGCUGGCAUGCAGAGUGUAUUUGCAAUUAGUAUCUCUUCAGAGAAUAAAUGUUUUAAAUACAUAUUUAUUUUGACAGGUUGUGUCAGUCAGUGUUCUACCAUUUUACUUACUGUACUUUUUUUUAUACAUAAAACAACCAUAUCUAACAUCUUA